UUUCCCAUGCUGAGAGAUUGCCACCUUAUUGGGGUUCAAACCUACCGUCUUCAAGUUGUACAGCCGGGGCGACCUUUGACACCCCCCAGCUUUAUUUGCAGGGAAUGCUGGGUAUUGAGCGCCAGACGAGCAGAGUGAGGGGACACUUGAAGCAUCGAGGAGCGCCACCUUGUUGCCAUGACGACGGCGUCCAGCUCGCUCACCACGCAUGUGCUCAACACCAGCGAUGGCGUCCCUGCAGCCCGAAUGUCUCUCAGUCUGCAUCGACUGGACUCGGAGCUGAAGAUCUGGACCAUGCUGAACGUCGCGACGACCAAUGAGGACGGUCGCUGCCCCGGACUCAUCAGCCAGGCAGCCUUUGUCCCCGGCAUGUACAAGUUGCGCUUUGAGACGGGCUCCUACUGGGCCAGUCUGGGUCAGGACUCCUUCUAUCCUUACGCUGAGGUGGUGUUCAACAUCAGUGAAACCAAGCAGAAGAUUCACGUGCCCCUGCUGAUGAGUCGCUUCUCCUACAGCACCUACAGAGGAAGCUGAGCAACAUCAACACAUCUAUACACACUUUCAGCUUGUUUACUGACUUUACAUGAGUGUAAAAUUACCUUUUUUUUUUAUCAUGAAAUACCAUAAAUAAAAACCAAAACAAUUCAAUCAAUCAAUCAAUCAAUCAAUCAAUGUUUAUUUAUAUAGCCCUAAAUCGCAAGUGUCUCAAAGGGCUGUUGGUUCAUAUACGUUUUAUUUUGAAACACAAAAAAUAGAAUAGGAAACAAAAC